UGCGCGUACUGUCAGCGGAAAGAUAAAUAAACAAUUCGCGUGGAAGCACGUGUUGUCGGCGAAAGGUGCAUACGCUGCAGUCCAGUUAAAUAGUAUCAUAGUUACUUCGCCGAAAUGGAAUCCGACCAAGAAGAUGAGGUUCCGAACGUUAACUUUGUGCCCAGCUUGAUUUUUGUGAAACGUGGCGUCGCUAAAGCUAAUCCGGACAAGGUUACAUUAACACCAGCAGAGCUCGCUAGAAUCAUCAACGAGACCAGAGAAGAACUCGUAGAGGAUGGAGUUGAUGAAAUGGACUCAACCGAUGACGAAGAAAACGAAGACAGUCAGAGGGGAUUAUCUGAACAGGCAAGCAGAUUGGCCGCUACUAAUCCAGAUGGCACAAAUGAAGUUGCGGAUGAAUACAACUUCGAUGGUUAUGAGCAAGAAAUCGGAACGACCGGGUUGCAUUUAAGUACGGUGGCUGUCAUUGAUCCGGAGGAAAACAUCCAGGACGAUGAAGAUUCCGAUGCAGAAGAUGAAAUCAUUAAACCAACGGACAAUCUGAUUCUUGUCGGACACGUGCAGAAUGACAGUGCGUCGAUGGAAGUAUACAUUUUUAACGAGGAGGAAGGCAGUAUGUACGUUCAUCAUGACUUUUUGCUUCCGAGUCCUCCGCUGUGCAUUGAAUGGUUAAGCUUUGACCCGGGGAGCGAUAAACCGGGCAAUAUGUGUGCGAUCGGAUGCAUGGAACCUAUCAUUACGGUGUGGGAUUUGGAUAUUCAGGAUUCGCUCGAACCGGUGUGCAAACUAGGUUCGAAGGGUAGUCGAAAGAAGAACCUUCCAAAGUUGGGCCACACCGAUGCCGUGUUGGAUAUUUCAUGGAACAACCAUUUACAGCAUAUUUUAGCAAGCGGAUCAGUGGAUCAAACCGUUAUCUUAUGGGAUCUGGAGGAAGCCACACCGCACACCACAAUUCGUGAUUUCGAGGAAAAGGUGCAAACAUUAGCGUUUCACCCGAAGCGUGCCGAAAUGCUGCUGGCUGGAAGUUGUGAUGGCAAGGUUAAAGUGUUCGAUUGCCGCUCGACAACCGACGAUAGCAGUAGUUACAAAGUGUGGGACCUUGGAGGUGAGGUAGAGCGCGUAUGCUGGGACCACUUCAACCAGCACUGCUUUGUGGCCAGCACGAACGAUGGAAAGGUACACUACAUCGAUAGCCGCCAGGAGGAACGUCCACUGUGGUCGAAGGAGAUGCACGAACAGGAAGUAACGGGAUUGGUGCUUAGCGCCCAGGUAAAGGGUAUGCUUUCGACUGCGUCUGCCGACGGUACGCUAAAGGUGUGGGAUAUCACAUCGCAGGACGCACGGAUGGUGUACAAAAAGAAUCCGAAAAUUGGCGUUAUUCAGUGCCUGGAUGCAUGCAACGAAAGUCCCUUCACGUUGGCAAUGGGUGGAGAUUUAAAAACGCACAAUUUUUCCGUCGUUAACUUGCUGGACAAUGAUGUCGUGUCCAACGUUUUCAAAUCCAGAUACAGUGCAAGCAAACCGACGGGCAACAUUGAACCCCCGACGGAAGAAAUGGAAGAUGCCAGCAUUGACGAUGAAUAAAGUGUCUGUUCUGGGUAUGCAAAUAAAUGUUUACUUACAGAA